AUGAAGCCAGGCGACGAUGCUCCUGAUUACUACGAAGCGAACCAGAAUUGGCCCCUCCAAGGUGGCGGUGCCCAGUCUGCUGACAUGCGUUCCGAGUUCUCCUACACUGUAGGAGGACCUUUAGUGAAGGUCCCCACAAGCACAGUCGAAAGAUGGCCGAGGAGAAGGCGCGCAGGCAUCGACGUCAUGCCCGAAUUCAUGAGCUUGCUUACAAAGCUCUCCGCCGAAAGCACACCCCAGCCUGAAGCCGCCACGGCGAAGCUGGAAUCCCAAUCCAGCAUCUCCGCCAACUCCCAGCGCCAUGCGCAGUUGGAAGAAGCUACCAAUGCGAAGUACAAGGCGGAGGCUACCCAAGCAUACCCCGCCACGACAUUGUACACGCAGUUUGUAGCCGAUGGUGAUUCUCGCUGCUACGCCGGCCGGGUCAAAGGGUCCAGAUCUUAUAUAUUCGCAGUGAGACUCUUCUCGUUCAGCCAGAGCCCGGAACCCACGCGCAAACGCUACUAG